AUGCUUGAAACUGUAUCAAUCGUAGCUGCAGUUUUAGGAGGAUUUAUUCUGUUAUAUGGACUUUGCUCACUAGUCAUCAAAGAAAAACUUUAUCUAUCUGAAGCAUCUAUUGCAAUUGUAUGUGGUAUCUUAUUUGGCCCAAUUUGCGCCAAAUUUAUCGAUAUUCGUAAAUGGGGAGAUGAAGAUGUUAUUACACACGAAUUUUGCCGUUUUGUGAUUGCUAUUCAAGUGAUGGCUGUAGGUGUGGCUUUACCGAAGGCAUAUUUAAAAAAACAGCUCACAUCUAUUCUUAUCAUGCUCGGCCCAGUCAUGAUUUAUAUGUGGUUAGUUAGUGGACUCUUAGUUUGGGCUUUCAUUCCUGGUCUUAACUUUCUCGAAGCCUUAAUGAUAGCUGCAUGUUUUACGCCUACAGAUCCUGUUUUAGCAAAUUCUAUUGUACAAGGUAAAUUUGCAGAAAAGCAUGUACCCAGUCAUCUUCGUAACAUAAUUGUGUGUGAAAGUGGUGCAAAUGAUGGCCUUGGUUAUCCAUUUUUAUUUUUAGCUAUUUAUUUACUUCAAAUGAAUGUUGGCUCAGCAAUUGGCAAAUGGGCGUAUUGGACUAUGGCUUAUAAUAUUCUUUUAUCUAUUAUUAUUGGAUUUGUAGCAGGAUAUAUUGCCAGGAAACUUUUAAAAUAUGCAGAACAAAAGAAAUGUAUUGAUAAAGAAUCUUUUUUAGUAUUUGCUAUUGCUUUAGCUUUAUUUCUUAUUGGAAUUGUUGGUUUAAUUGGCAGUGAUGAUAUUUUAGCCUGUUUUAUCGCAGGUAAUUCAUUUACAUGGGAUGACUGGUUUCGUAUUGAAACUGAAAAGGCUUAUUUAAUGGAGCCUUGGAGUACAUUUUCUAAUCCCGCUUUAGAAAUAACUGUAUGGAGAUUAAUUGUAUUGGCUAUUCUUGUAUUAAUACUUCGACGUCUUCCAAUCGUUAUUGCUUUAUACAAGUUUAUACCUGCCAUUCGUACUUGGCGUGAAGCUAUCUUUUCGGGAUGGUUUGGCCCUAUUGGGGUUGGAGCUAUUUUCUAUUAUACUGUUGCUAUUGAAGCUAUUCCGGAGGAUGGACCUAACUCACAUGCACGUUCUGUAUUAAAGCCCAUUAUUUAUUUUAUGGUACUAGCGUCUGUGAUCGUACAUGGCAUCACGAUCCCUCUCUUUUAUAUUGGCACAUAUGCAACACGAACCCUUACGCGUACAAGUGAUCAUGGAAAUCAAAUCCUUCACUUUCCAGCGAUUCAAAUGCUUGCCAAUCGUAAAAACUCACCACACAUGGAUGAGUCUGUGAUAGCAAAUAUGAAAAUCAAUGAAAAUAUUCUAGAAGAAAAAACAAUAGCUACUAGUAAUGAAAAUAAUACUUUUACUAUCCAGCCCAAGAAGAAACAUACAGCUAUUACUAUCAUCGCUCCAACUCAAAUCCCUGAACGUGUUAAACAAAGUAAUAGUCGAUAUAAUUUAUAUUAUAAUAAUAAUUCUAACAGGGACUUGAAUGCACAAAGUCAAACAGCUUCUUCUUUACGUAAUAAUAUCGUUCUAGAUAAUAUACAAGACGAAACAUUAUACCUCCCUGAAGAUGAUUAA